AGCUGUGUAUACGAAAGCAUGCACUCCUCGAUACUUAACUUUCUUUUAAAAGCCCUUUAUUCUUUCUGCCCCUGAUCAUCCUCUCCUUUCUAGUUAGCCAUUUUCUGUAGAGAGUUUCUCUAUACUGGUUUCUCCCCACUGUUCCUCAGUCAUGGUGAAGCAUUACCUUCCUCACUUUGGUCGGGAUUUGGUUCUCCCCAGCUCCUGGACAGCAAUGGGAAGUAGUUGGGGAUUCCCAAACUCACUUCAAGAUGCUGACGUCGAGCCAUAUAAAUAAGAAUGCCAACUUUGGAGUUACAUAAACCUGCCACUUAGCAGUCAUCUAAGCCUGUACUAAAGAACUUGGAGCUGGCUGCCGUGGGAGGAUCAGACAUCCGCGUGAGGAUGCUGGCGGCCCCUAUCAAUCCAUCUGACAUAAAUAUGAUCCAAGGGAACUAUGGACUCCUUCCCAAGCUGCCUGCUGUUGGAGGAAAUGAAGGUGUUGGACAGGUGGUAGCAGUGGGUAGCAGUGUGACUGGGUUGAAGCCAGGAGACUGGGUGAUUCCAUCAAAUCCUGGUUUGGGAACCUGGCGGACCGAGGCUGUGUUCAGUGAGGAAGCCCUAAUCAAAAUUCCCAGUGACAUCCCUCUUCAGAGUGCUGCCACCCUGGGUGUCAACCCCUGCACAGCCUACAGGAUGUUGGUGGACUUCGAGCAGCUACAGCCAGGGGAUUCUGUCAUCCAGAAUGCAUCCAACAGUGGAGUAGGGCAAGCAGUCAUCCAGAUCGCCGCAGCCCUGGGCCUGAGGACCAUCAAUGUGGUCCGAGACAGACCUGACAUCAAGAAGCUGACGAGCAGACUGAAGGAUCUGGGCGCCGAGCACGUCGUCACAGAGGAGGAACUGAGAAAGCCUGAGGUGAAAAACCUCUUCAAGGACGUGCCCCAGCCCCGGCUUGCUCUCAACUGUGUUGGCGGGAAGAGCUCCACAGAGCUGCUGCGUCACUUAGCGCCUGGAGGGACCAUGGUGACCUAUGGUGGGAUGGCCAAGCAGCCUGUCACAGCCUCUGUGAGCCUGCUCAUUUUCAAGGACCUCAAACUUCGGGGCUUUUGGUUGUCCCAGUGGAAGAAGAACCACGGUCCAGAUGAAUUCAAGAGGCUGAUCCUCACUCUGUGUGACCUUAUCCACCAAGACCAGCUGACGGCCCCCGCCUGCACUGAGGUCCCCCUGCAGGACUAUCGGCGGGCCUUGGGAGCCUCCAUGGAGCCCUUCCUGUCUUCAAAGCAUAUCCUCACCAUGUGAUCAUCCCAAAGAGCCAGAGCAAAGCAAGAGGGGAGGCGGACCGCCGGGACUGACUGCAAGACCCUCAGGGGCCCAGACUGCUCUCUGUUCACUGCCCACCCCACCAGGAGGAAGAGAGGUCAGCCUUAUAAAUAAAGUCGGCUCAGUGGUGGAACAGAGCAGCGAGGCGCUAGCGCAGAGCGGGCAGCUGGGAAGAAAAAUAAAUAACUAAAUAAGUAAAGUCUGAACACCUUUAAAAAAUCAUAUGUAAGUCAUCCCCGAGGAGAAGGAGCAUCAGCAUCACAGCGCACCUGCCGACUCACAGCAGUAAGAGGCUCCCUCCCUGCUCCUCCUUCCCCUGUUCCCUGGGAUCAUUUCCUGAUCACCCUGAAAGCAAAGCCGGUCAGCAUCUCUGCCCUCAAGCCCUCACCCACAGCAGAGAAGCUUGUAAAAAGGAAGCAUGGUGAUGCACUUAUAGUCCCAGCACUAUGGAGGCUGAGGCAGGAGGAUUACCUGGAGUUCAAGGCCAGCAUGGGCUACAUAGU